AUGCGAGGCUUUGCUUCCUUCUCUGUUUGGUGGACCGCCAUGUCCCAAGAGUUCAAAGCAGAUCAGGAGUUAUUAAAUCUUAUUGCUGUGAUUUGCUGGAAUGUGUGGAAAGCUAGAAAUUGGGCUACUUUCGAGCAUACCAACCCCAACCCGAUAGCUCUGUCAAAGAAGAUUAUGCACUUCUUCUCAGAAAUGUGUCAUGUCUUAGAAAUGAGCCUUUCCCAACAGGUUUUUGCCACUCAUCCUCAUCAUCAAAUGAUUUGGACUCCUCCGCCUAGUGGCUUUCUCAAAUUCAACUAUGAUGCAGCGUGCAAUGAAGCUAAUUCAAUGGCAUCAGCGGCAAUUAUUGUGAGAAACUUUAAUAGUCAUCUUGUAGAUGGGAGUGCGAUGAAUUUCCAUUGUUCCUCCCCUCUUGCAGGUGAAGCAACUGUUCUGUUGAAAGCUUUAAAUGUAGCUAAUUCUAUGGGAGCUCAGUCAGUGAUCAUUGAAACUGAUUCAUUAAUUCUAUAUGAGAUGGUUGUAAGCUCUCAAAAGCAUCAAAGAUGGGAGAUUAGAGCUUCCCUUAGUGCUAUCAAGGCGCUAAUGCCUUUGUUCCAGUAUUUGUCCUUCUCCUUUGUCAACUGGAAGGCAAAUAGAGCAACAAAUUGUUUAUCAAAGCUUAGCGUUAAAGCCAUUCUUCCUUGUAACUGGAUAAUGGUGCUUCCUCAGGAGCUCAAAAACUGGUUGUCUUUGGAUGCCUCUUUUGCUGUUUGA